AUUAAGAAGAAAUAGAGAUUCUCCUCCAUAGUAGGAGAUGUUUACCAAGAAACACAUGGUUAUCACAAUGUCUGGUGGAGCUAUUACCUAGCAAUCAAAAUCUCUUUCGUUCUGCCCUUUUCCUCUCACAAAUCUCCUCCCUUAUAGGUACUUUAUUUUUUCCUUCCACUUUCAUUUUUUGUUUGACUCAAUGUUGUUGCCUUCCAUCAAAAGUUUCUUACAUAUGGCAAAGCUUAUGGCAUCAUUGUCUGGAGGAGAGGGAGAAGGGGCAUUUUCCGGUUUAUUUUUAAGUGUAAAGUUCGUCGGAAAUACCCCGCCAAAUGGGUUCGGACGCUCCGGAAGGAUCUCCGCCUUCACCGACUACUACUUCAUCGCCACCUCAAUCAUCAUCAGAUAACUCGCCCCCACCAUCUCCGCCACCGCCUUCGCAGUCGGCUUCACCGCCACCAGAAUCAUCAUCCUCGAAGCCGGGAAAAUCAGCUCCGCCUCCGAAUGAGUCGAAGUCAACUUCUUCACCACCACCACCACCAUCACCAUCACCCCCACCACCACCAGCAGAGUCAACUCCAUCAACAUCGCCACCAUCACCAUCACCGCCACCGCCACCGUCACCACCACCCCCAUCUAAGAGCAGUAACGCUUCCCCAACUAAACAUAGUCCACCACCACCAAAAUUUACACCCCCAAGCACACCAACAACUCAAUCUCCUCCCUCAAAACAUUCCCCUCCACCACCAAAAUGGCAUUCAUCAUCAAGUAAUUCUGAGAGUGGAUCAAAAUCCAAUACCUCAUCGUCUCUGCCUAUUAUACUAGGCCUUUUAGCUGGUGUUGUUUUAUUGCUUAUAAUCAUUACAACCAUCAUUACUGUAGCUUGCUGCAGAAAGAAAAAGAAGGCAAACCAUGAUGAUCCUAUGCAAUAUUACAAUAAUUAUACACCAUCACAAGGUAAUUAUUUCAACAAACUAGGUAUAAUCCCUUAUGCGUUUAUUUGCGAAAGAUUAAAAAUAUUAAAAUUUUUAUGCCAUGCAUGCCUUUUAAUGUGUAUAGGUGAUGGCGGAUAUGGAAAUGCAUCAAGCUUAGCCCAGCGAGGGCAAAUGAACAAUGGGUAUGAAGCUAAUAAUCACAUUGCCAUUAAUUUACCCCCGCCGCCUUACGGCACUAAUGCUGGCCAGGGAGGAGGUUGGCCUCAAACACCGGCAACACAACGGCAAACACCAUCAACGCAAGCGUAUGCAUCGUAUUCUAGUGAAAUGAGCUCCAACAUGCAGGGUCAAGUUUUGCCACCACCACCCACGUAUGCGUCACCAUCGCCUUUAGGGCUGAUCAACCAAAGCUCUUUCUCCUACGAAGAGCUAGCUAUGGCAACUUACGGGUUCUCUCAAGCUAACUUGCUAGGUCAAGGUGGGUUUGGGUAUGUCCACAAAGGAGUUUUGGCCAAUGGUAAGGAAGUAGCCGUUAAGAGUCUCAAAUCCGGUAGUGGGCAAGGCCAACGUGAGUUCCAAGCCGAAGUCGAGACCAUUAGUCGCGUCCAUCACCGCCACCUCGUGUCGCUUGUUGGGUAUUGCGUAGCAGGGGAAAGGAGGAUGUUGGUCUAUGAAUUUUUACCUAAUAAAACGCUUGAAUUCCACCUUCAUGACAAAGGCCCCAUGGAUUGGCCUACUAGGCUCAAAAUUGCAUUGGGAGCAGCUAAAGGACUUGCAUACUUGCAUGAAGAUUGUUAUCCCGGCAUCAUUCAUCGAGAUAUCAAAUCGGCCAAUAUCUUACUUGAUUUUACUUUUGAAGUUAAGGUGUCGGAUUUUGGGUUGGCUAAACUUACUCAAGAUAACAAUACUCAUGUAUCAACUCGUGUCAUGGGAACAUUUGGUUACUUAGCUCCUGAAUAUGCAUCAAGUGGUAAGCUGACGGAAAAAUCCGAUGUUUUCUCCUUCGGUGUUGUGCUCUUGGAACUCAUAACUGGGCGUAGACCUUUAGAUUUGAACUCCAAUAUGGAUGAUAGUUUAGUGGAUUGGGCUAGACCAUUAUGUGAGAGAGCAAUGGAGAAUGGGAAUUUUGGUGAAUUGGUGGAUCGGCGCCUAGGAAACAAUUUUGUUCACCAUGAGAUGGUCCGUAUGGUUGCAUGUGCUUCUGCUUCUAUUAGGCAUUCUGCUAGAAGAAGACCCAAAAUGCGACAGAUUGUGCGUGCAUUGGAGGAUGACGUUCCAUUGGAUGAAAUAAAUGGGGUGGCGGCAGCAGGCCAGAGCUCAAGGUUCAGCACGACCAACGACACCAGCGAGAACAAUUCAAGUUCAUACAGUGCAGACAUGAGAAGAUUCAGGCAAAUGGCGAUGACGGACAGCCAAGAACAUGCAAGCAAUAACUACAGUAACACUAGUGAGUACGGCCAUAAUCCUUCUUCCUCUAGUAGUAGCUCAAGUGAUCACAUAACCUCUACCCGAUCCCUAACUUAAACCCCGGCCAACACUAAUCAAGUGAUUUGACUCCAAAUUUAAUACAAGUCUAAUGUGACUAUCGAGUACCGCAGUAUUUGCUGUAAUAUUAUUUUCUAGCAUUUUUCCUUGUUAGAUUGUGUAUAUUUGUAUUAUAUCCUAGUUUUUGAGAAGUUUCCACUUUUUGAUCAUAUCCUUGUAAUAUUGGGAAGAGUAAUGGUGGAUUGAUGUAUAACUGUUUUCAAUUUUUUCGAUAUAAUAUUAGAGGUAGGGAUAGAAGCAAUAUGAUGUUUAACAAAAAUUUUAAU